AUGCUGCAGCGCCUCCAACUCUGUGCUCACUCCACUCAGCGGCCCCAGCUGCAGCAGCAGCAACAGCAGCAGCAGCAGCAGCAGCAGCGGCAGCAGCAGCAGCAGCGGCAGCAGCAGCAGCAGCAGCAGAGCAGCAUGAUAGCAAGACAAAAGAGUCCAAGCACAGCCCAUGUAGUUGCAGCAGCAGCAGCAGUAGUUGUUGCAGCAGCAGCAGCAGCAAUAGCAGCGGCAGCAUUAACCCCUAGACAAGGGUCAUCUGGAGCAGCAGCAGCAGCAAGACCAACAGCAGGAAGAGCAGCAGCGACAGCGGCAGCAGCAGCAGCGGCAGCAGCAGCAGCGGCGGCAACGGCAGCAGCAGCAGCGGCAGCAGCAGCUGCAGCAGCAGCAGCACUAGAAGCUCGAGUAACUGAUUCGUUUCCCCUCUCCCUUUGA